AUGGGGGUGUAUGUGGCUCGGCAUAUAGGCAUGGUAUCAGGAGAUCGACCACCUGCCACCCGACUGCCGCUUACAUCAUGUCGAGGCCUGGAGGACUUGUACAAGAUGAGAUGUACUGUGUUAGGAAUGAGUAGCACGAGGCAUAACAGUCUGAAGCAGCACAGCAGCAGAAAAGAACGAUUACAACCCAACCGUGUCAAGCAAAAGAAGAUGCAACUCGCCUCGUUCACUAAUCACCAUCUCCCAGAAGACCUAACUAACCCACUCGUCCCCUGCAGCCCUGCAGUAGCCACCAUAAACACCUCAAUAGCCUUCCCAACGCAGCAUAGCACCAAGACGGCAGUUCCCUUGCUUUCCCCACCACCAAAACCAAGCCCAUCACAGCAUAACGCUCUCACCGUCCUUGUCCUGCAUUCCUAUCAGUGUCCACCUAUCACACCUUCACCCUCCAGCUCUACCAAGCUCGCAGGGGCGUAG